GAAAAAGAGGAUUCGGGACGCAGAUUUGUUUCUUGUUGCUGCACAUCCGCAAUUGGAAGAAACAGGUUCUAUUAAUCCACGACUCGACUAUCACUAGAAUAUAUCCAGAAUGUCUGCUGUUGGUCGCUCUGCUGCUUUGAAGCUCGACUGGGCCAAGGUCUCGUCCUCGCUCGGUCUUAAAGGCGCGACAGUGAGCUCUCUCCAGUCGUUCCGCAAGCGCAACGAGGACGCUCGUCGCAAGGUUGUCGAGCUGUCUAGCCAGCCCACUACGGUUGACUUUGCGUACUACCGCUCGGUCCUGAAGAACACCAAGGUCGUCGACGAGAUCGAGGGCGCGUUCAAGAAGUUCAAGCCGACGACGUACGACGUGACUGCGCAGCUCAAGACGAUCGAGAAGUUCGAGGCCACCGCGCUCGAGAACGCAAAGACGACGGAGACAAAGGUCGAGGCCGAGCUUGCGGAUCUGAUCAAGACGCUCGACAACAUCGAGUCUGCGCGGCCGUUCAGCGAGCUUACGGUCGAUGAUGUGCUUGCGGCCAAGCCGGAGCUCGAGACGAAGGUUAAGGAGAUGGUCCAGAAGGGUAGAUGGGAUGUUCCUGGAUACGCAGAGAAGUUUGGCAGUCUUGCGGUUAUGUAAGGGUGAAGCAGUAUGCUCGAUAGAGUCAAGUUGUGCCAUUGUAGCCAUAUAGGUUAUUAAAUUCUAUUCUAUACACUAUACUAUAA